AUGUCGGCCAAGAAUGCAUCUAACAGCGCGAACGACGCCAAUUUUGAUCGAACGUUCCACCGGUUUGUGACUCGCCCGGACAUUGAUGCUCCAGUAUGGACGAUCCGCCAUUAUCAGGACAAAUCAGUUCUUGCACCAGGAUACUGGUUUGUAGCGUUUUAUAACGGGCUAAAUCAGGCAUCUCCCGGCCCUGCCUGGAUUGGUCCGCACAUCUACGACACAAAUGGGGAGCUUAUAUGGGGGGGAGGAUCAGCAUUCAACCAUUGGAACAUUUUCGAUUUUGGAGUCCAAGAUGAAGGAAUGGAAAGGAAACUUACACUUCUUUCCGAGCAUGAGGAUACAGCUUUUAUUCUCGACAAACAUUACCAAGUGCAAAAACGGGUACCCUUGGUAACCAAGGGUGAAAAGAAGCCAAAUAUUCAUUCCUUCCAGGUAUCUAAUGACGGCAAGCGAGCCCUCAUAUUGAACAAACCUCCAUUGGAGAUAAUUCAGAAGGUAUCGGAGCAAAUAGGGCUUGACAUACCAUGCUUAGUGGAAUACGAAGGCUUCCGCGAACUUGAUUUAGAGACUUCAGACUCUCGUAUUAUUUUCGAAUGGAAUGGUCGAGACUGGAUUAGCCUCAACGAGAGUACAUAUAAGAGCUAUGACGGGAAGAUCGAGUCAAUGUGCGCUAGAGGAUGGGACAUACUUCAUCUCAAUUCGAUAGCCAAGUUUCCCGACGGCGAUUAUCUGCUCUCGGCAAGACAUACUGAUGCUCUUUACAAAAUUUCGCAUAAAGAUGGGCAUAUCGUAUGGCGGCUAGGUGGCGUGAGAUCCGAUUUUCAAAUGCUCGGCAAUUUUCAGAGUCUUCCAAACGGUAACAAAUUCAUUUGUUGGGCCUAUUCGAGCCGAAUUUCGGAGCACACUCCUGAUGGUCAGAUUGCCAUGCAAGCGGUCCUCUCAGUGGACGCGGAUUCUUAUCGCGGGUUCAAGUAUCCCUGGAUCGGGCUCCCAUCUCGUCCACCCGACCUCCAUACUGCAGCUGUAAGGGACAAAGGCAACACCUUGACAAUCAUACACGUCAGCUGGAAUGGUGCAUCAGAGGUCUACGAAUGGCACUUCAAAAUGCUCGAAGAUCAGGGCGGUGUACCCAUUGGGAUAGCCAGACGUAAAAGCUUUGAGACAAGCUUUAUUCAUCGUGAUUACGCAGCUUGUGUCUUUGCAGAGGCAUACAAUGAGGAAGGGCAUCUGCUUGGUCAAUCGGAGGUUUUCUUCACUGCGCCUCCAACAGCGGCAGGCCAAGACUUGGCGGAAGCGGAAAUAAUCGAUCAAUCAGAUGGGCGAGCAAAACAAAUCAAAUGUUUUGCUAAAAGUCCAGAGAGAGUGGUCUCCGAAGAGUCGUCCAAUUCUUUCCCAUCCAGCUCCACUGGAAUCUUGUUGGCGAAUGAAGCGCAACUAAAAAAUCUAGUGGUGAAUGCCUCAAUUGGAACGGAGAUCUACUCUAUGGACAACGUGCGUGCUACUACACUAGCAUCUUCACCCAGUUCAACCACCAAAAGCUUCAUCGCCAUACUCCUUUUGGCCUCAAUUGCUGCUACGGUUAAGCUCUGUCUUACCCUUUUUCGAAGGCGUAGAUCAAGGCCGUUGCGGGCUAUACCGGCAUCUCAGCGCAAAGAUCCGGAGGACGGCCGCCUGUUGAAAGAACAGGGCCUGGAACCAAAGAAGGAAUAA